AAACAAGCGCCUAUUUUCUUUGCAUGUUGCUUUGCAUCGUCCUCUUUCAAGCGGCACGAAUCGAUCAUUUUAUAACCUUUCACUCGCGAGUUCACUCGAGCGAAUUUACCUUGUAUGGUUUUUUUUUUCGAAUCAAGUACGACUGAUUACAUGGUUCUUUCCAUGAUAAUCUAAAACAGUCUUUAAAAGACUUUGCGCGAUUUAUUUACUCGAGUUUUCAUUUUUGUCUCUAUGUCCUAACAUUUCUUUUUUGUUCUGUAGACAAAGAUAUUUAUGUGAAUAAUAUUCUAUUAGUUUAUGUACUAUUUAUCACGUAUAGUUUAAUAACUGAAAUUUUUAUUUUAUCAAAAAUAUUUCAUCAAGUUGACAGUUCAAUGUGAGAUUUACAUUACAAGGUCAGAACGUGCGCCAAUGCAUGUUUUAUAUUCAACUAUUCAUUGUGUAACAUUAGAUUCGGUUUGUCAGACAUUUUUCUUGCUGAAUAAUGCAUUUGUAUUUCUAUUUGUGGAGUAUUUAAUCAGUCACUCAAUUAUAAACCCUGAUUCUGCUAUUAGGCAAAUGCUAUGAUUUUGAUCAGGAUUACGUAGUUUUGGUCAAGUAUCUUGUCAUACAAAUGACAAAGAUUCCUUUUCUCUUCUCUUGUACGUUGGUGUUAUCGCUGUCAGCUUUAUAAUAUUCACUUACUAACUUGUGCUACAUUAUAUUGCUUUAUUAUUUAACAUCAUACUGUAAUCAUAAUAUAUACAUUGUGUUGAUUUGAGCUUUUAUCACAAUGGGAAAUAGAAAUAAAUACUAAUAGAUCGUAGCUAUUAAUUAGCUAAAAAGCUACACGUAUUAAUGUAAUUUGUGACUUAUGUACGUGAUAUUCAAGCGUGUUAUUAUAUUUGGUAAUAUAAGAUCUUUCAACUCUUCAACUUUCAAGUGUCCAAUGGGAAAAAAUAAUUGCUGAUUAAAUUGAAGCGAUGAUCAAAUUGAAUUAUCCCAUAAAAUGUGAUUUCAAGUAUAAAAGAUAAUGUAAAAACAUGUAAUCAUAUCUUAUCAGGCAAAUAUAAUAAUAAUUAACAAAAUUAUAAAGUUUGUAUUCUGCAUUAUUAUACUUAUUGUCCUAUUUAUAGUGUCAUAGUUCUAUAUAUAUGUACGACAUCCAAUGUUCGUUUUUAACAUGUUAGAAAAUUAAUAGCUAUUAAUGAGAUAUAUGUGUUUCCCACUGUACCAACAUAAAAUCUAUCUGCAUGGCACAAUGGACAGGAGCGCUUUAAUUCAUACAGGAAAAAUGAGCCCGACUCGGUUCUCACGAUGUAUAUACGUGUAUGUACGUGUAUGUACGUUGUUUCCUCUUUCCUGUGCUAAGACCGGCAAUUCUUGGUGGCUCAUUCGAAGAAAGAUAUCCCGAGUUAAUUACGUCCCGUCCCUUGUAAAAAGCAAAAAUCUUUCUCACGCUAAAGCUUUAAAUCACCAGACAUUCGUAUGCAGUUUGGUACACUUAAUCGCGCGCGAGCGACUAACGGUGACCAUUGCGCAUUAUACAAACGCGUUAUUAUGUAUUUAAAGCUGUGAUAAUGUCUACUUCAAAGUAUUUUAUUCUCUUGUAAUUGUAUAUAUUACACUUGGCAUAUAUAUUUACUGUACUGUACUGUACAAUAAAUAAAUAGGAAAUAUUAUUAACUGUGUAUUUGUAAAAUUGUGCAUUGCUCUUACUGCUGUUUUAUAACCAUGUUGCAUUUUUUAGACAAUUUCGAUUAACCGUUUGUGCAUAAUUCUUCAAUUCUUCACUUAGCAUGCCUCAUUCUGCUAUCGUAUCUAUUUCCACCACGAUAUGACGGUAGAAAAUCAAAGAGUCACUCGACCCGCUGGGAAAAUGAAGAUAUAACGGCGGCAGCUUCGUUAUCACGAAUUCGGAAGAGCCGGAUUUUUAAAUAUGCCACAUCAGUUUGGGUUGCCCGCGAUGGCACACGGCAUGCAAUCCCCGCCUUCGCCCACCUCGGUCAUGUCCGUCUACCCUCGAUUCGGUUCUGGCAUCUACAGACCUGAUCACCAGGAUCAGCGAUUAACUCGCGAGGCGAUGGAACGUUAUCUGCGCGAUCGAAGUGACAUGGUGAUUGUGAUCCUGCACGCUAAAGUCGCGCAGAAGUCGUACGGUAACGAAAAACGGUUCUUCUGCCCGCCACCGUGCAUCUAUCUGUUCGGCGACGGCUGGAGAAUGCGUCAGGAGCAGAUGCUGCGCGAGGGUGAGAGCGAGCAGAGCGCCCAGCUGUGCGCUUUCAUCGGCAUCGGCAACUCGGAUCAGGACAUGCAGCAGUUGGAUUUAAACAAUGGUAAGCAGUACUGCGCGGCGAAGACUCUCUACAUCUCCGACUCCGACAAGCGCAAGCACUUCAUGCUCUCCGUCAAGAUGUUCUACGGCAGCGGCCACGAUAUCGGCGUGUUCCACAGCAAGCGGAUUAAGGUGAUAUCGAAGCCGUCCAAGAAGAAGCAGUCCUUGAAGAACGCGGACCUAUGCAUCGCCAGCGGCACGAAGGUAGCUCUGUUCAACCGGUUACGCUCGCAGACAGUCAGCACGCGUUACCUCCACGUGGAAAAUGGCAACUUCCACGCGAGUUCGACGCAGUGGGGCGCGUUUACUAUUCAUCUCCUGGACGACAACGAGAGCGAGUCGGAGGAGUUCCAAGUGCGCGACGGUUACGUGCACUACGGCAGCACCGUGAAGCUGGUCUGCUCCGUCACGGGAAUGGCGCUACCGCGACUGGUCAUCCGCAAGGUGGACAAACAAAUGGCCAGUCUGGAGGCUGACGAUCCCGUCUCGCAGCUGCACAAAUGCGCCUUCUACAUGAAGGAUACGGAUCAUAUGUAUCUGUGCUUGUCGCAGGAGCGCAUAAUACAGUUUCAGGCCACGCCGUGCCCGAAAGAGGCAAACAAGGAGAUGAUCAACGACGGCGCUUGUUGGACGAUCAUCAGCACCGACAAGGCAGAGUACCAGUUCUUCGAGGGUAUGGGUCCGGUGCGAUCCCCGGUGACGCCGGUGCCACUGGUUCACAGCCUGCAUCUCAACGGCGGCGGCGAUGUGGCGAUGCUCGAGCUGACGGGUGACAACUUCACGCCGAAUCUGCAAGUCUGGUUCGGCGACGUGGAGGCCGAAACCAUGUACAGGUGCCAGGAGAGCAUGCUCUGCGUAGUGCCUGACAUCUCGCUCUUCCGUGGCGAGUGGCUGUGGGUACGCCAGCCGACGCAGGUGCCGGUCUCCCUGGUUCGUAACGACGGCAUCAUUUACGCGACUGGUCUGACCUUCACGUACACACCCGAGCCUGGGCCACGCCCGCACUGUCCGCCCGCUGAUGAAAUCAUGCGAGCGCCACGUGCCAUGCACACUCAAGCCAGUAUACCGCCAGCGAUGCCAGCCGACGUACCCUGGAACACUCACGGCCAGCCGCCGCAGUCGGGUCUCUGAUGUCUUCUAGACAGCCGUCACAAUGCGAACCAAAGUCUACGAUGUAGUAGUGAUACGGAUGAGAUAACGCCAAGCAUCGUGUCCCCUGACAAGGACGACGAUGACAACGGCGAUGAUGGCAAUAGCAUCGAUGUUAACUGCUCGUAUCUGACGAAAAACCUGUUGCUAGAAGUCGACGGCAGUGUGCCGCAGAACUUGGACAAUAUGAAGACGUAGCAUUUCGCUCAAUGCGCCCGUAGCGCGCGAUAAAGGCGCCAGUCGGAUCCCGCGCGCCAAAAAUUUUCUAGACUAAACUCGUAAGUUGUUGAUAAAAAGGAUAUACAGAAAUAAUAAUUUAUAUAGCAAUCUUAGAUUUAACAGCUUACGCGAGUAUGUAUAGAUCGAGUCGAAUAUACGAUAUAUGACGCACGGUAUAUCGUACGACGAUAAAAUUUAAAAGAAAAGGAAAAGAAAAGAAAUCAAAUCACACGCAAACUCUGAUGACAAGAUUCGAUUCAAUCGCUUCUACUCUAUUGAAACACUUUUCCUGGAGUAUCAGUUUUGGCUUUACUACGGUAUCAACUUCUCAUUCUGAUGAAGUAAACUGAAAAAUGUUUGGAAUCAAAACAACGAAGCAGUGUGGCUGCGUGAAGCCAAAACUGGUAAUCAGCAGCACGAGAGCCUCAAAAUUUUGACUUUUCCUUUUAUUGUCGCGUUUAGUAGGAUUCUAAGAGAGAUAAAAAAACUAUCAAACGAGUGUAUAGUUGAUAACGAGAAUAACACAGAAUCUUAGCCUAUACAUUUGCAUAUCGGUCACUGAACGAUGGUUGUGCUUUUAACACUAUAUCUGUUACGAGAGGAGUUGCUGUUGCUCGAAACUCGGUAUAGCGGAUCGUUGUAUCGUCAUCGAUUAUAAUGCGAAUUUUAGUUUACCGAAACUUGUAAACCAAGUCCCUUUCUUGGCGAAAGCUGAAAUAAACUUGAUUGAAACUUACGGCAAUGGAGUAUCUCACCAAAUGUAAGGAGACAUUGGCAAGAGCUAUACUGAAGUUCGAGUGUUGCUUCGCAUGAAUGGUCCAUCGUGUACAAAGUAGGGUAGAGAGGGGUAUGCAGUGUAUUUUUUAAUCUGUGCACGACGUGCUCGAUAUUUGGUACAUUUAUAAAUUCGUACGCGUGCAGUGGUCGGUAGACUCUUCAUUAUUUAUUAGAAGGUGCGUGCACUGAGUGCACAUUUUUCAACGAGUGAAUGUGUGUUCGCGCGAAUUGACGCUGAUUGUGAAGACGGCCAGAGACUUUACAAGUCAGUAGAAUAUAUGUAUAUUUUUAUUUCCUCUAUAUCCUCGUGUGAGGAUCCGAUUCAGAAAUGAUAUAUCAUUUUCUUUUAAUGAUGCAUACGUGUUAUCUCAUGUAUAUAGUACCUACGUGUAACGCACGUAUUGCACACUUAUUGUGAUUGCGAUUACCGGUGUAACGGCUUUCAUUCAGAGAUUUUCCAAGAUUUUGUGAGAUUAAUUUUUCUAACCACUCUUCGCGUAUAUUUUUCGUAAGCAAAAUAUCGAAUAUAAAACAGACAUAAAUCUAUUAUUACGGUAGAUAUUGUAUGAUUUUUGAGUUUUAUUAGAGAUACGGAUGCACGUCGAGAUGUCUGCAUAUGUAUAAAUAUGUAAUAUACAAAUAUUGCGGACAGUUAUUCGUAAACUGCAUCAUACAUGCAGUACAGGCAUACAGGAGAAUUUAUAUAUUAUAAUAAAUCUUUUGCAGAUUCUUUUACAGAUGGAUGUUGAUUCUAAUCUAAAGUGUAUCUUUCGUAUUUAAAAAUUGAUUGAAAAUGACAUUUGUAUGUUUUAUUGUAUUAUACCGAUAAGUACAAUGAAGAUUCGUAUAUGAAUUUAUAUGUCCCUACAUGAUUUAGAAUAAAUUGAAAGUUUAUAUUA